AUGUCGAAGAAGAACCGGAAGACGAUCCCGAAGAAGAGCCAGAAUAAGUACGAAGUAGUGACACACGAGCGACCAUUUCACGGCACGCUGCAAGGCGCGCGCGUCUCCGCGCCUCCAGCGAAGCUCGGGGACGCGUCGACGAUAGACCUCCUCGCGUCGCGACGCGAGGAGUUGUUUCUCCCUUCAGACCACCCGUACCACCCCUCGAAUCUCGUCAUCACCGACCCCGAGCGCGUUCGCGCCCUUCGCGAUGCCGCCUUGAAGAACAACGACGCGAACGCGUCCUGGACGCUCGCGUGUCACUACUUCGGGACGGGACGGAAAGAGGUACCGGCGGAAAUUUUAGAGAAACUCCGCAAGGACUACGCAGACCAGAACGCGUCAAAGUUGUGGUUGGACUCCGCCAUGCCUCCCUCUCCCGGCCCUGACACGAACCCGUCCGCGAUGCACGUGCACUUCGAAAGACUCGCGGCGGAGCUCGGGCACGUGGAAGCGCAGUUCCAGGCGGCGAACCAGUUUGGCGAGCACCGUGAGGGAAGCGACGAGUACGAGUCGCUGACGACCGAACAACUAGCUUACGCUCGCGAGCUCUACGAACUCGCCGCGGAAGCGGGGCACCCUGGGGCGAUGUACCGACUCGGUCUCGCGUACGGGCGCGGCCGCGGGGCGCCACAGAGCAACGAGAAGUCGCUUCAGUGGUACGAGAAGAGCGCGGAUUACGCCGAAGAUCACGAGUUGAAAGUGGCGGCGGCGACGAACGCGGGUAGGAUGCACUUGGUGUCGGAGGGUAUCCCGCGUGAUUACGAGAAGGUGAGACGGUACUUCCAGAUAGCGCUCGACGGCGACCCGGACGACUCCGUAGCGCUGCACGGUCUCGAAAUCGCAGAGAGAGCGCUCGGUGGAGUAGGGAGCACUGCCGUGACCACGAGGAUGCCCGAUGGUUCAGUUCUACUACAGUAUUCUGAAUGUACCAUAUGCUAA